UAACAUGCAACAUGUACUAGCUAGCUAGCUCCAUUUCUCUUCAUUCCAUUCCAGAGAGCUCCUCUAUUUCUUUUACUAAUCUUUUUCCCCUAUCAAAAAGCCACCAGCUUUCUAGUAAGCAACACUAGUCACUUUAACCUCCUCCCUUGCUUUUGCUUACUACACCUUGCAUCUCUCUCUGGUAACCGUAUCGUGGUGGAAGGAAAGGAAGAAAGGAGUGUACUGGGUAGCUCAGCUCAGCUCAGCUAGGCAGUGGCCAUGUCAGAGCGUGUGUUCGCCGAGCUCGCGACCAUCCACUACCAAAAAAGCCUUCCAUGUCGCCACUCCUUUGACCCCCCUCGCACCACACCAAUUCUCCAUCUAUAUAUCAUCCACCUUCUUCUUCCUCCUCUCAUUGCCAUUGUGUGUUUGUGUUACAUUGCAAUCGUGCCAUUUGAAGAAGAGGAGGAGAGGAUGAGGAUGCAGGUGGUGGAGACGGCGGCGGUGGAGGAGGAGGAGGCGGCGGCGGCGAUGAUGUCGGUGUACGAGAGGGUGGCGAGGAUGGCGAGCGGGAACGCGGUGGUGGUGUUCAGCGCGAGCGGGUGCUGCAUGUGCCACGUCGUCAAGCGCCUCCUCCUCGGCCUCGGCGUCGGCCCCGCCGUCUACGAGCUCGACCAGCUCGCCGCCGCCGCCGACAUCCAGGCCGCGCUGUCGCAGCUCCUCCCGCCGGGCCAGCCGCCGGUGCCCGUCGUGUUCGUCGGCGGCAGGCUCCUCGGCGGCGUCGAGAAGGUGAUGGCGUGCCACAUCAAUGGCACCCUCGUCCCCCUCCUCAAGCAGGCCGGCGCCCUCUGGCUCUGAUCCAUCCAUCGAUCCCUACCUUGCAUUGAUUAAUGUGUGAUGCUUAAUUAAUUAAUCAAGAUUUUAAUCUAUCUCAAGGAGGAGUUUGUAGAUAUAAUUAAUUAACAGAGUGAUCUAUCGCGAUCUAGCUUAGCUUAAUUACCUAGGUUGGUGUGGUGUGGUGUGCUGUUGAAUCGGUUGGUUAAUUAGCGAAGAGCAUGCGGUGUGUUAAUUAAUUUUAAGCUACUUGUUGGUCGACGAUGAGUUUGAAAUGCAAUGGAAAUGCAGUGCUUUUAAUUAA